AUGGAUCAACCAAUAGUAGUAUCUACUACCACCUUGGUAUCGACUACACCAUCACAACAACAACAACAACAACAACAACAAGUAGCAACAACAUCAAAUAACAACAUAACAAGUAAUACUAGUACGAGUAUACCCGUGUCAGCUGUGGCGACGUCUAUAUCAUCGUCAUCGUCGUCACCUGCCUCGACACCACCAGCAUCACCUGCACUAGUGUCUAAAUCACCAAUGUUGCUAAGCAGCAGCAGCAGUGGUAACAGCAGCACCAGUACAUGGAAAGCAUCAUCUACACUACCUACAAGAAAGAUAUCGGGAGGCGACUCUGGAGGAACUAUCCUCUCUCCCAACCGUAAACUUUUUUCAACUAGCAAUAGUAACAGUGCAGAACAAUUAAUACAACAACAACAACAAAGUAAUAAUAUAUUAUUAUCAUCACCAUUCCCUUCACCAUCAUCUUCACCCUCACCUUUUGUAAUAGAUCAUCUUCAUCAACAACAUACUGUAAAUAAUAAACAACAACAACAACAACAACAACAAAAUGAUAAUAAUAAUAAUAUAUCUCCACAACCUUUAAGAAAAUGUAAUAGUAAUGAAAAUGUUGGAAUGGGAUUAGAUGGAGGAGGAGGAGGAGAUAGUAGAAGUAGUAGUUUGGGUAGUAGUGGUAAUGGUGGUAAUAGUCCAAAUACAUCGACACCAUCUUCACCAUCACCUUCGUUACGAUCUUCUAUGGAUGAUCUAUCACCACGAUUCAAGAGACGAUCGGCACCUGUCUCCCCUAAACUGAUGCGUAUGAACAAGGAUGCGCUCAUUCCACAGUCACCCCCACACAGUCCACCUGCUACCGACAAUGGACAACGUGGCGCCACCAUGACACCAGGCGACCGCAAUUUAUUGCCACCCGACGGCAUCCUAGUCAAGGUGUGGAUACCAAUGGAAUAUACCGGCCAAUUGUACCGAGUCCGCAAGUUUAGUGCCGGCAAAUCAUCUCAAGAAAUUGUACAUAUACUCAACUCUCAACUGGCACCCAUCUACCAGUCACCCAAAAACAAACUGUUUCUCAAUAAUGCCGAUAAACCAAUCCCUGGUAAUGUCAGUCUAAAGAAUUUACAUUUAACUUCAACUGAUAUAUUAUAUUUAAGAAGAGAACCAGAAUAUGAAUUAAUAGCACCAGCAUACCCACAAAAAGGGUCGUUGGUGUUGGACAAGGAUAUCAAGGUUGGAGAGGUAUUGCAAAAGAUUGAGCAAUGGUUGGGACCUAUCGAGGGUGUGACUGAUGCCGGACCAUCCAAUCCACUCAGUCGUAGCAAGGGCGAAUACUUUACAACCAUUGAUCACGGACUGAUGAGUGGCGGUGCCAAUGGCGGCGACGUCCAAGAUUCGCCAUACAAGUUACUAAAGAAAUUAUUUUUACCAACUAAAAGAUCCGUUGGAAAGAAUUCCCGAGGCUACUAUCUACGUCUUUAUGACCAAAAACAAUUUACAAAUUAUGGUAUAAAGAUUAAAGAUACAUUAAUUUUUAAAAAGAAAGCAGUUAAUAGAGGAUUAUGUGUUGAUGAUGCAGAUGGAGGUGUAGAGAUUAAUGUUUUAUAUUCUCCACUGUCAAUGUUACCACGGUAUCCCGAGAUUGAUCCGGAAGAGGCGGCAGCAAAGGAAAAAGAAAAGGAAAAGGAAAAGGAAAAGGAGUUGUUCAAGGACUUGUUGAUAAAGGUGGAGCGACUACCCAUUCAGCAGUACAACAACAACAACAUGUUGCAUGCCGGCAGCAAGGACGACGCGUCCAUCCAGACUGGCUCGCCGCACAUCAUCGAGGGCAAUGGUUUCAAGACGGAGCGUCGUAAAGGAAAGGACAGACGAACACCGUCUAGUGUAGGACUACCCUACAAUCUUGUACAUAAAACACAUGUAGAUUUUGAUUUCAAAUGGACUGGCAAAAACGUCGAGGAAGCAUUUGAAUUCAAGGAAAAGUUGGGCCAAGGUGGCUAUGGCGCCGUCUUUAAGGCGCAACAUAAAGAGUCUGGGAUGGUUCUGGCCGUUAAAGUAUUGUCUAUUACUCCUACUCGUAUAUCAGACAUUGAAAAGGAAAUUGAUCUUCUCAAAAAAUGUCGUUGUCCAAACGUUUUAUCUUAUUAUGGUUCUAUUUCAAAAUUGGCUGAAUUAUGGAUAUUAAUGGAUUAUUGUGCAGUUGGAUCAAUAAAAGAUAUGAUGAAAACAUGUUGUGAUACAUUGGAUGAAGAUCAAAUUAGUUCAGUUGCCGAUGGAAUAUUACAGGGAUUGGCGUACCUACACAGUAAAGGUAUUGUUCAUUUGGAUGUAAAGGCAGCCAAUGUAUUGUUGUCAGAGAGUGGACAACUCAAGAUUGCCGAUUUUGGUGUGUCACAACAGUUGCAGUCGUCGACUGGACAAUCCAACGUGUUUAUUGGGUCACCUUUGUAUAUGGCACCAGAGCUCAUCCUCAAGGAGCCAUUUAGUAACAAGGCAGAUGUGUGGUCGUUGGGCAUUACAAUGAUCGAGUUGGCCGAGGGUAGAGCCCCCAACAGAGGUCUAAAGUCAAUGAACCAACUCACAGAGAUUCCAAAUAUGCCGCCUCCCAAACUCACCAAUCCAAAGGACUGGAGUCCAGUCUUUAACGAUUUCAUCGCCAAGUGUCUAGUCAAAGACCCCGAGCAGCGUCCAUCGGUCAAGGAACUGCUUUCACAUCCUUUUGUCGCCAAUGCCAAACCAACCGACUCUUUGAAUGGCAUGAUGAAACAAUGUUUACAAAUCAGAGAUCAAAAUAAAGAUCAAUCCGAACUAUCCCAUUAUGAUAAAUAA